UGUUGGUUUGCAAUGCAAGCCGCGCGUGGUCAAUUAGUGCACGCGCACCGUUGACGCUCGUACACGGAAAAUCCCCGCCUCAAUAGAAAUAAGCCCUUACUCAAUGUCGCUUCCUACCGGCCCGUUUCUCCUGUCAUUUCUGUCGCCAUGCCGUGCGUCACGAUACCCGUCUCCUCCUUGAACUGAUGGCGUCGCAAUUCCGCCUCUUUGUGCCUGGUUCGUUGUUGCACGGAGGAGCUGCGUUUUGACCAGUUUGAGACGGAAGGCUCGGAAUGGCGUCGCUCUCUGUCAACCUUGCUUCUAGCGUCACAUCGUCUGUUUUCGCGGCGGAGUCGACACCGGCGCUGGGGACACUCGAGUCCGCCGGCGCUGGAAUCACUGGAGGCUACACCGGCGAUUCUCUUCCCCUUAAGAUCAUCAUCGCGUUUCUCCUCGGCCUCUCGCUCUACAACGCUAUCGAACUCAUUGUUCUCGCUUUCGUCACUUUCCAGCGCUACCAUGGGUUGUACUUCUGGUCGCUCGUCAUCAGCGCAUUCGGCAUUAUUCCAUACUCGCUGGGUUUCAUCAUCAAGUUCUUCCGCUUGUUGGACCCUGCGGCAAAUGCUGGAUAUGUCGGCGUCGUCUUACUCACGCUUGGAUGGUAUCCCAUGAUCACUGGGCAAUCAGUCGUUCUAUGGUCGCGUCUCCAUCUCGUUACGAACUCGCGCCGAGUCCUUCGCUGGACUCUCUACAUGAUUAUCGUCAAUGGCGUACUGCUCCACUCAGUUACGACGGUCUUGACCUUUGGCUCCAAUUCGAACUCGCUUUCCGAUUCUACAUUACGGCGCUUCGUUCGCGGAUACUCGAUAAUGGAGAAAGUGCAGAUGGUGUGCUUCUUCGUGCAAGAAACCAUCCUGUCCAUAGUAUACAUCAAGGAGACAGUACGACUACUGAAACUCUCGGAAACAGUACAAGACGACGUACGCAGUUUCGACGACAGCGCUGGCAACCAAUCGAACGGGCACCUCAAGAACACAAACGUUCGAAAGACAAUGUACCAGCUCCUCACUAUUAACGUACUAAUCAUCGCCAUGGACAUCGCCUUGCUCAGCGUCGAAUUCGCCAACCUGUACCUCAUUGAAACCACCCUGAAAGGCGUCGUAUACUCUAUCAAACUCAAGCUCGAAUUCGCCGUCCUAGGCAAGCUCAUCCAACUCGUGCGCGUCCGAGCCGAAUCCGAUCAGAGCAUGAACAACGCCUACGCACGCGGUAACAGCUUCGAACGCCGAAAUACCCUUACACUGGAAAAGACACAAAGUGGUACAGCGAGUGUGGGCGCAUCGGCGAGACUUAAUGGCAGCCUGCUCACGCACGACUUUGGCGGAUCACAAUAUCCCGACUUUGUGGAUCCCCGACGCAUCAGUCCGAACGUUACGCAUGCGGAACCAGUGAAUGGCGAGACUGGGUGGGAGACGCGCGGGCAGCAGGAAGAUCAGGAUAAGUGGAGGAGGCGGGUUAGAGUCAAGCGGGGGAGCUGGAUCGAUGAAGAGAUGGACAAGCAUAAUAUUGGGUGAAACGGCAGUCUAUACCUGACGGGUUGACAUGCGGAUUACGACUCCGUACGGACAAUACUCCGCCCGUCUCGCCACGGACCGUGUCGACUCCGCGCUGUUGU